CUUUCUUGUUUUUGUUUUGUUUAUUUUGAUUAUUAUACAAAAUAAUUACUUUUGUAACUAAGUGCCAGCGAUUUAAGUUGUAAAACUAACAGAAUACCUGCUAAACAUUUAGAGGAACACACUAGAUAUAAAUAGAGUCCAUAGACUUUCAAGAUUUUGUUUAGAACGACUUGCUGUCGUUGAAAUUCCAAUGGACCUGCGGAAGUUGUGCAGGAUAUGCUUUGUGGACAGCGCUGCGGUGGACAUCAGGGAGCACAGGAGCAGCGGCAGUUCGGGCCACACAGUCCUUGAGCUUAUACAGGCCAUGUUCGGCUGGAAUGUAGCUCUUAAUCUAACUGAGGAGCUGCCCAUGAUCUGCAAUGCAUGUCUGGAGGAGUGCCAGCAGCACUACGCCUUCUUCCGGAGGCUCAAGUUCGCCAAUCAGCAGCUACUUCAGCUUUACAACGAAGCAGAAGUGGAGAUGUGCCAGGAUGUGGAGGUUGUAGAUGAUGUCAGGGAUCAGCAGAAGCCUGAAAUGGUUGGGAUGGCUGGAGGAGUAAGAGAGGAAUUGGAGGAGUUUAUACCACUGGAUAUUAUAGUACUGGAAACUGACCAUCUAACAGACACAAGCAAAACUGAGAGAACAGUGGUCACCGUGCCAAAACCCUCACAGAAGCUGGCCAAUCAGGACUCCCUCAUUGUGUCCGAGUUCCUGCCCGCCACCACUACCCAACCACGUCUGGAUCUGUCCGACUCACGGCUGCAGCAACUGGAGCCACCUGCCUACGAGAUGCGCACCGUGGACUACGCGGCCGUCGAACUGAAGCAUUACAACCUGGACGAGUACAACGAGGCCAAUCGCCUGCUGGACGUGGAGCCCAGUGGAAGUCAGGCCAUCUACAAGUGUCAGUACUGCCCGCUGGCUUACACCUCACCCCAGUAUCUGAAGACACAUGUGCGCAACUCGCAUGUCUGCAAAUACUGCACCACCGCCUUUGCCAAGGUGCGCGAUCUCAACGAGCACAUCCGCCAAAAGCACUCGAGCCACCAGUGUGUUGUUUGCUCCAACAACUUCAGCACCAGUAGCAACCUAAGGGCGCAUUUGAAGAAAAUCCACGGAGUUCAGCUACCCGCUCAGGUGGCACUGCUGGAUUACAAGCCAGCAUCCGCGGACCAGGGCAAUCAACGCACAUAAUAAACAGGAUUUACCUCCUUAAUUAUACUCGA